ACUACCUAUGACACAUAUACCUUGAAUAAAGGAUGAGAGCUCAGUUCUAUUUUGACCACGAUCACGUGUAUACGUUACUUGGAGAUACACAUCCGAAUUCCCAGGCAAACGUUACAUUUGGCGACGAGGGUAAAUUCUCGUAGUAAUUAACGUACUGAGUUUGGAAAAAGUCAACUGUGCAAAUUGAGAUUGAGCGGAAAGUGCAGUAUUAACGUAGAAAAUGGAUUCGUUCAGAUCAGUUAAGCCGUUUGAUGCAAAAGUUGACCAGUCGCAGUUGGCCUCAGAGUGGAGAAAAUGGAAACGUAGUCUGGAAUAUUAUUUGGAGGCAAGCAACAUCACGGGGCAGCGAGAAAAACGUAACCAGCUUUUGCAUUUGGGAGGAGUUGAUCUUCAAGACAUUUUCCACAAUCUCCCUGGAGUGAAUGAUGUUCCCCAUGUGACCAUUGAUCCACCGUACUACGACGUAGCCGUAGAGAAACUUGAUGAUCAUUUCCAACCGACUCGUAGACGAACCUACGAACGUCAUAUUUUCCGGCAAAUUACUCAACAGCAUGGGGAACGUUUUAAUGAUUUCGUGAUGAGAUUGAGAACGCAGGCCAACCGUUGCGAAUUUGAUCAGGAACAUAGCUCAGUCCUUGAAAGUAUGAUCAUUGAUCAAAUCGCCGAGAAAUGUUUGUCAUCGGCUUUAAGGAAGAAGAUUUUGGAAAAAGAUCGUUCUCUAAGUGAGGUUGUGGCCAUCGGUAAAACCAUCGAAGAUGUCGAGGCUCAAUGCAAGGAACUAAACUGCUCAGACUAUACAACCAAAUCUACAGGGGAAAUUAACAAAGUAGGCCCACAGGUUCAUCGCUUUCCUCGAAAUGAAUCCCCUCGAUUUUCUCAGAAAGAUCAACUCAAUGGAAUGAACAUGUCCGGUUCCAAGGGUCGAUCUAAUUGGAAUUACUGGAAGAACGACAAAUUCCGUUGGACAAAUCCAAGGCAAUUACAACAGGCAAAUGAUACUCGGAUCUGUUUUGGCUGCGGUCGCCGUGGUCACGUUAAAGAUAGUUCGGAGUGUGUUGCAAAGCAGGCGCAAUGUUUGAAAUGCAAGCGUAUAGGGCAUUUUGCGAAGUGGUGUACGAAACGAUCUAACGAAGAGUCAGUACAUGCACCUCCGGCAAAAAGGAUCAAAGCCGUUUACAAGGAUGACGGCCAUGAAAAGGACAAGGAAGAAGAUAUUUGCUACAUUAUGGGUCAAAACGUGUUUCGCUUCAAGAUCGGAGGGGUAGAGAUUCCGAUGGCGAUUGAUUCUGGUGCAGCAGCUAAUGUGGUACAUGCUGCAGCUUGGGAAAAAUUAAAGUCGGCUAGUGCAAAAGUAAAGUAUCAACCUCAAGUCGAUCGGCUGUUUAAGGCAUACGGGUCAAAGAAUCCACUGAAGAUGAUGGGAAUGUUCAAAGCUAAAAUUGAAGCGGGAGGUAACUGUACGGAGGCUGUAUUUUAUAUUGCUCAAGACGGUAAACAGUGUUUACUAGGUGAUGAGACGGCAAAGAAGUUAAAAGUAUUGAAGAUUGGGUUUCAAGUUGCAGAGAUUAGCGAAAAUAACCCUAUGUUUCCGAAAAUGAGAGGCAUCUUGAUUGAGAUACCAAUUGAUCCAAACGUCAAGCCAGUGCAACAGCCGUAUAGGCGCGUACCUUUCUCAAUAGAAGAAAAAGUGGCUCACAAGCUGAGAUAUCUAUUGGAUAAAGACAUUAUUGAACGUGUACAAGAGCCAUCGGCGUGGGUGUCACCAAUAGUUCCGGUAUUGAAAGAUUCCGGGGAGAUUCGCUUGUGUGUCGAUAUGCGACGGGCAAAUCAAGCUGUCUUGAGAGAAACUCAUCCACUUCCCAUAAUCGAGGAGAUGUUUGGUUCAAUAAACGGAGCUGUUCGAUUUUCCAAGGUCGACAUAAAGGACGCUUAUCAUCAGGUAGAGAUUUCGAAGCGGUCCAGAGAAAUAACAACGUUUAUAACUAAACAGGGUUUGUUCAGAUACAAACGCCUUAUGUUUGGUAUAAGCUGUGCGCCAGAACUCUUCCAAAAGGUGAUUGAAUGCAUCGUAGCCGGACUAGAUGGAGUGGUGGUCUAUCUAGAUGAUGUUAUGGUUUUCGGUCGAAGUCAGAAAGAACAUGAUGAAAGGUUGGAUGCUCUGCUCUAUAGACUAAAAAAAUAUGAGAUCCUACUGAAUAAGGAUAAAUGUGUUUAUAAUGUGGAUCGUUUGGAGUUUUUAGGUCACGAACUUUCAGGCAAUGGAAUUCGACCUACGGAAAGCAGAAUCACAGCUAUUGAAAAUUUCCGCAAGCCUUCAAAUGUCUCGGAGCUCCGGAGUUAUUUGGGUUUAAUCACUUAUGUCGCUCGUUUCAUUCCUCAGCUGGCAGAGAAGACGGCAUCUCUGAGACAGUUACUGAAGUCUGGAGAAAAGUUUAUCUGGAAUCAUGUACAUGAUCAUGCGUUCGAACAAAUUAAAUCUGCGGUUUGUUCUGCAACUUUUCUUGGAUAUUUCAACCCAAAGAAUACAAGCAUCGUCAUAACCGAUGCAAGCCCAACAGGAAUAGGUGCAGUGUUGCUACAGCAGGAUACGAACGGAGUAAGACGGAUCAUAAGCUUUGCAAGCAAGGCUCUUACAGAAAUAGAGCGUAAAUAUUUCCAGACAGAGCGAGAAGCUUUGGGUAUUGUUUGGGCAGUAGAAAAGUUCAGAUUAUAUCUUCUUGGUACAAAGUUCAUACUUGUCACAGAUUGCAAACCUCUUCUUUUCUUAUUUAAAGAACGGUCUAAGCCAUGUGCUAGAAUUGAGAGAUGGGUUUUGCGCCUGCAAGCCUAUAAAUUUGAGGUCGUAUAUAAACCGGGAAAAGAAAACCUCGCAGACGCCAUUUCUAGGUUAUCUGUAACUCAAGCAGUUAAUUUCGAUGUGGACGGAGAAGCCUGUAUAUAUCAUCUGGCACAGGCCAACAUUCCAGAAGCAAUUUCUUUGGAAGAAGUCGAAGAUGCAUCUUCGAAAGAUGAAACUAUUCAGGCUGUUUUCCAGAGUCUUGAAACUAACACAUGGGAUGAAUGCAUGAAGGAAUACAAGCUAGUUCGGUUCGAAUUGUGUAGAUCUGGGAACAUCCUGCUGCGAGGCGAUCGUUUGGUCAUCCCUCAAGUAUUACAAUCUCGUACGAUAGAAAUUGCGCAUGAGUCUCACCCAGGCAUUGUAGUGAUGAAACGGCGCCUCCGACAAAAAGUGUGGUGGCCUCACAUUGAUAAACAUGUAGAAGAUUUUGUGAGAAAAUGCAAGGGGUGUACACUAGUCUCAAUGCCCGAUCCGCCAGAGCCUCUAGUACGAACAGAACUCCCGAAUAGGGCAUGGGCACAUAUUGCUGCUGAUUUCGUAGGACCACUACCGUCUGGUCACAAUCUACUAGUAUUUGUUGAUUAUUGUAGCAGAUUCACUGAAGUUAUCAUCAUGAAACAAAUAACUGCUACUCUAACUGUCAAAGCACUUCAUGAAACAUUUUGCCGAUUUGGCAUGCCCGACUCAUUGAAAACCGACAAUGGACCUCAGUUCAUUAGUGCCGAGAUGCAAAGAUUCUGUACACAGUUUGGAAUCGAGCACCGAAAAACAACUCCAUACUGGCCUCAAGCGAAUGGGGAAGUAGAGCGAAUUAACCGUUCCAUUGGGAAAAGGCUUAAAAUAAGUCAGGAAACCGAAGGUUCCGAUUGGAAAUGGGACUUGAGGAUGUUUAUACUAAUGCAUAACUCAACUCCACACUCUACGACAGCGAUAGCACCAUCAUCAAUUAUGUUUGGUAGAGUUUUAAAGGAUAAACUUCCAUCUAUGAUUUGGAAGCAUGACAUCAUCCUUGAAGAAAUUCGUGACCGAGACAAUAUGAGAAAAAGUAAGGAGGCCGAAUAUGCAGACAAACGUCGAGGAGCAAGGCCAAGUGAAAUUACAGUCGGUGACACAGUGGUUGUGAAGAGGAUUCUUAAAGAAAAUAAACUGUCCACUAACUUCGACCCGGAAGAAUACUGGGUUAAGGCUAAGAGAGGAGCUGAUGUCACACUGGAAUCAAAAGAGUCAGGACGCAUAUUUCACAGAAACGUAUCGCACAUGAAGAAGUUAUUCUCGGGUGAUACACAAGGACAAAACAAAAUAAGUAAGAAUACAGAAGACACGAAUCUAAACAAUGACGAUUUUGUAACGGUAGACGAAAAACAGUUGGAACUGGAAGAGGAGACGAAUACGAACACCAUGGAGCGUCCCAGACGAAACCACAAGCGACCAGAAUACCUAAGCGAUUAUAAUAUUGAAAAGAUAUCGGAAUAUUUAAACACAAAACACUAG